AUGCCGCUUUACGUCCCGCAUUACCGGAACUCAUACGGAUCCUCUCAGGAGUUUAGGCCCCAAGGAUACUAUCCUCCUGAAGAAUACCCUCCGAUCAGAACGUCUUAUCCCUCAAGGAGGCAUCGCUUUGAUGAAUCCUCGGCACAGUAUGACCGGCUUGGCAUGCCUCUCGCCUCUGACAAGUUCUGGAACGGCUCGCGUAUCGAAGCCUGGAUCGGCCCCGCUCCGGGACGAGUGGAACAAGAAAAUAACGGGUCUACGCUGACUGCGAAGACUUCACAGCCCGCUCUGGACCCAGUUCCGAUGACUGAGAACGGGUGGGAAGUUCCAGCGCCCAUCGCUCGAGCUCCGCCACGCACAGCCACGCACACCGAAACCAAUGCCACACAUGAUCCAACGACGACGGCCGACACCGAGUCCUCCGGGCCAGAUACUGUGAUUCCCAAGAGGCGAUUUUCGCAGGCUUAUGACAACAAAAUGGAGCGCCAAGCACCGACAAUUUUGAGCUCAUACACCAAUCGGCUGACUGGUCAACCUGCCGGACAUUCAGAAAGCAUACAACUCCACCCCCCAGAUACUGAAGGAUCUGUGCCACAGCCGUCCAACGUGGCAGAAGAAAACACUUCUGCGGGUGCUGCUGCUGCCACAAGCGUCUCAAGUGCGACCUCGCAGACCAAAAGCUCCGCCAUACCGCUUGGGUUCACCACACAGCUGAAGAACACACCUCAGCCCAUACGCCUUCCUGCGCCUGAGCGGGUGUCCGGUCUGGAGAAUUCUGCCCAAGCAAGCCACGAAAUGCCAACCCCGCUGCACUUACCUGCAGAGGAUGAUACCACGAACGAAGAGACAGCUCCAGAUCAGACUCAGGCCUUUGUCUUCGCAUCUACCAAAUCACAGUUCAUCACGGCCAAUGAGGAGAUGCAGAGUACUGUUAUUGGGCGUGAAAAGACGUCAGACGAGACGAGCCGGGUUCCGAUCGCAACCACAUCAUCUAGCGCAACCCGUGUUCCGCCUCCAACCGUGCCCGAAGAGCCAUCGAGCUCAGCAGCCCCUGUUUUGCUCUUUCAGAGGGAAUGUGAUGCUCACAGCAAAGACGAUAUGCCUUCCAUUGCUGGGACACCCGAGCCAUUCAGAAUACCCGAACGCAGUGUCACUGCCCCUGGCUCGGUAAGGCCACCGGGCUCUACUGCCACAUCGGCCUUCGAGCCAGCUGCAGGUACUCCCAACAGAGCUUCGACUUUUCCCCAAGCGGCUACUGUCACUUCCAAGGCUGAUAAAUCUCGUCGAGGAGAGUAUGCAUACACGAGCGAGGGGAACAAGAACCUCCGAGAGGAUCUUAGGCCCCAAGCCAAAGGGGUGACCUCAUCAGAUGAUAAUGAAGCACCUUGA